AUUUUUUUGGCUUCACGGAUGAGGGUUUCCCCUAAAUUAAGAAAAUAAAAUAUCAUUACUGUAUAAGAAUAGGUCAUGAAUAUAACUGCGUUUCGUUCUGAAUUUUCCAUGUGGGCCGAAAAGAAUGGACAAAAAUCUCAAUAGACACCAUAGUUCUAACAGCUACUUAUCUCUGUAUUUAUUUACGUAUUCACCUUUAGGAUAGGGUGAAAUCGCAGUUCGUCAAAAAUUACACCAGAGUGGAAGAUUGGGUAAAUAGUCAUGCAGAAUGCUAUUCCAUAUUCGGUACAUAUCAUUAUUAGUCGUGGAGAUUAUUGAGCUCACAUAGACUGAGCUAUCAAUAAAAUUAUUCUGUCGUUGAUUUAUUAAUUACCAUGGAUCCUUUCGAUUUUUUAUUCAACUCGCAAAUACUACAAAUCCUAUUUUCCCCCCUUUAGAGUAAUGUUAUAGAAAGGGUUUGACCUAACACAGAAGCAUAGUAAAAAUAAAUAGCUUAGGGAUAAAGAUAAUAAUGACAAAACUAAUCUCGAUUUUUAUUGUAGUUCUUUUCAGUAAUCUUUUAUGUUUAUUUCUCGGCGAUAAUUUAACGGCUUUGGCUGCUGACGAAUUAUUUUUGGGGACCCUGCAUGCCGCUAAUCUGUACAUUUCCCAACCCACUCAUAGCAACCUAACAACCAAUCCAACACCUCUGAACGGUAAAAACCAGUUGAUAACUUCAAAUUGCUCCUUCUUUGAUGUCGAUCCCGAACUCUUGCGAUCUCUAAACAGCUUUAAAAGCGAAGAGGACAAAGCAAACGCGCCGAGCCCGGAUUCGACGGCAAUACGAGAAGCGACGAAAUUGGUGAAACUUUUCCAUAUUCUCCUGCCCGGGGUCUCGAAAGAGGACUUGGACUUGUUAAAUAAGUUAUCGAACAUCACCAACCGAGAUCGACUUCAUCAUAAAGUCGAUGAGAAGGAUGACGAUACCAUCUCCGACGAAGAUUGGAUGGACUUCCACAAAAGCGUUAUUCUCUCAGGGCUGGUUCACGCGGGCCCUUUUGUGGGUGAAAACGCGCGCGGGGAUUCCUCCGCGGCCCCGACCAGGCGCGGACCCCCUGAGGGGGAACUCAACGCGCCUUUGGUGAUUUCCUUUUUUGCGGGGGAAAACACCGGCAAACUCUGCUUUGAUCUCAGCCUACACGACGCCAUGGCGAAUGUAAGCGAUCUCCGCAGCGCCCUUACGGUGGUGUCCUCUCCGCACUGCACGACGCGCGUGGAUGAGCUUGUGGAAAAGGAACUUGCAAUGGACCAGCCCGAGAUUUCUUUUUAUGAUCUUUCGAAUGGCUCCCCCGAAGACCACAACGUCGAGGAGGAUCCGGCGGAGUCAUCGUGGUUAAAGGCCUGCGAGCUGUCCUCGGUGGUGCGUUUUGAUCAUCGCUUUACGCUCUCCACCGCGUUGGCUGGGGAAAAACUCCUUUGCAAGUAUAUGGACGAACCGGAGGGGUCGGGUCAGGUAUCGCCCUCCCUGGAAGGCCAGCGGCGUGCGAUUUAUUGUUCUUUUAAGGUUGCUGUGCGAUUUCGCCCUUUCAUGAAGCAUUUAUCACUGAAAGAAAAGACCCAAGCCGUGCUUAAAAUUGCCGCGGUUGUGACCAUGCCCCCCGCCGAGGCAGAAACUGACGAUCAGAGCGGCCUUUUCUUUACGCAUCUCAUCCAACCAGAGGGAGGGGCUUCAACUCAAAGAUCAACGCUUCCAAGAGAAUCCCAAAAGACGCAUCUUUACAAUUUGAAUCGCUUUUCAGUCCUUUCGGAAGGAGAAGAAAAAGAAGCUUCGUUAGUGCAGCGCUGCAGUGAUGUUUCGCUUUCCGAUCAAUUUUGGAAUCUUUCAGGCCCAUCCUGCACGCCCUCUUUGGGGGUAAACUACAGAAGCGUGAUAAGAUAUUACGUGAACGACAAUCUAGACAAAAUACAGCUCUGUGUGGUUUUUCUCUUCAUUUUUUGGCUAACCGUCGUCAGUGUUAUAGGUACGCGUUUCUUUUUUGAUAAAUGUCGAAAAAAUCGCUUGCCCCUAUAG